GCGGCGACAGGCGGCUGGCGCGGCGCUAGUCUCCCCGCGCCUGGGCGGGACAACAGCAUAGCGGCAGGAGAGGAAGAUGGCGGCGGCAGCAGCAGCUGCAGCAGCCGCCUCGGACCAGCAAAGUUCUAAUGGCCCUGUGAAGAAAUCUAUGCGUGAGAAGGCUGUGGAACGGAGAAACAUUAAUAAAGAACACAACAGUAACUUUAAGGCUGGAUAUAUCCCAAUUGAUGAAGACCGUCUCCAUAAAACAGGCUUACGAGGCAGGAAAGGCAACUUGGCUAUUUGUGUGAUUGUUCUCCUUUUUAUUUUGGCUGUCAUCAAUUUGAUUAUCACACUUGUCAUCUGGGCUGUGAUUCGUAUUGGGCCCAAUGGUUGUGACAGCAUGGAGUUUCACGAGAGCGGCUUACUGCGAUUUAAACAAGUAUCUGACAUGGGAGUUAUACAUCCAUUAUAUAAAAGUACAAUAGGAGGGAGGCGUAAUGAAGAUUUGGUUAUCACUGGAAAUAACCAGCCUAUUGUAUUUCAGCAAGGAACAACAAAACUUAGUGUUGAAAAGGACAAAACCUCCAUUACCAGUGAUAUUGGUAUGGAAUUUAUUGACCCAAGGACACAAAAUACUUUGUUCAGCACAGACUAUGAGACUCAUGAGUUUCAUUUGCCAAAUGGAGUGAAAAUUUUGAAUGUACAGAAGGCAUCUACGGAGAGGAUUACCAGCAAUGCUACCAGUGACCUAAAUAUAAAGGUUGACGGACGUGCCAUUGUUCGUGGAAAUGAAGGUGUUUUCAUCAUGGGCAAAACCAUUGAGUUUCGCAUGGGUGGUGAUAUGGAACUAAAGGCAGAAAACAGCAUUAUCUUAAAUGGAACUGUGAUGCUCAGCACGUCUCGACUACCAAGUUCUUAUGGGGAAAAGUUUAAUAAUGUUGACUGGCUGCGCUAUAAGCUCUGUAUGUGUGCAGAUGGAACUCUAUUUCGAGUUGAAGUAAAGACCCGCAACAUGGGUUGUCAAACCUCAGUCAACCCGUGUGGAACCACACACUAAACACAGAGUACUGGGACAAGAGCAAUCAUGAGAGUUCAUUUACGUUUUUACAUUUGUAUGUAUAAAACAAUUGCAUGCCAAUUAUUUCUGUUUUUACAACAGUUUAUUAUAAUAUUUAUUACAUAACAUUUUUAGCACAGCAGUAUUAUGUCUGUUGCAUAAUUUCAGUAUUUACAAUAGAGUAUUUACCAUAAUAAUGGGUCUGAUUUAGCAAGAUACUUAAGCACAUGCUUCAACAUGCACACUUGUCAAGUACCUUGCUGAAUUGAGGCCAGUAAGAGAGAUUUACUGGGGGACUGAUCCUACAAGAUACUGAGCACCUCCUUGCCUCUGAAGUGCUGUUUUACGUCCUCUCACCUCAAGACUCUGAGAAGUUGCUGGAAUCUGCAUGGAGUGAGGUGUAGAGUUGGGAGGAUGCACAUUGUUCCACCUUUGGCUCUGCAGAGAUUCCUUGGAAAAAGCAAUACAGUUUGCAGCUCUGUUACUUGUUCCAUAGAGCCUCUUUUUUGUUGUGCAGAUCAUUCUUUAAGAAGCGGACUUUGGGAUAACUGUGGUAAGAGGGACUCUCUGGCAACAUUGGAGUCAUGCUUUGUGGCAGUGGUAGGAAACCAACCACAAAGGAAUAAUUGGGCUUUCCAGUUCUUUAGAGAUAAACCCUACAGGAAGGGGCCAAAAGGCAAUCUGGCUUCUUUUAUACAGAUGUGUUAUGUGCUGAUUUUCAGCCCACCCUCAGCCAGACCUUCAUUAUUGCAACUAAUUAUUUAGAGUGCAGCAAAGGUCAGUCAUCUAAAUAACUGCU